AUCCCGGCAUAUAUAAAUUUCCGGGUCACUGACAGCUGCACGCUUUACUGAGUCCUCUUACUGUUUAACAGUAAACUUUGACAGUAAACAUGCUUUUAUCAGUGUUAUCCAGGCGCUGCGUGCUCCACCAGCUGCUCAGACUCUCCGCAGGCCGGACACAAGCCCCUCUUUCUGGGGAGACCCGCGGACUGCAGCCGCGGUACAGCGCCGGGAGGUCACUGUUCAGUCACCGGGUGGAGGCGAGGAAAAACACUCAUCUGCAGAGCUUCUGUGUCCGUGCUGCUGUCCUCUGUCCCCCCUCUCGCUGGGUGUCCUCCGGGCCACAGUCCUCCGAUGGACAGCUCAUCUACACGGGCACUCUGGGCACCGCUGUCCGAGGUGUGAAGGCGUUCUCCUACAGCACCAGUGGGGCCAGCCUGCUCCUCCUGCCCCACAUUCUGGUGACCACGGGCCUGACCGCUCACAGCUGGGCCUAUCAGCUCCUGUUCUGCGGAGUCAUCGGCGUCUUUACCUUCGUUACACCCGUCCUACUGCACCUUGUAACCAGAGGCUACGUAGUUCGGCUCUACCACCACCCAGAGUGUGACACAUACACCGCCGUCACCUACAGCGUCUUCCUGACCGAGAAGAGGACCAGGUUCCAUCAGGAGCAGGUGCGUGUCCCCUCCAUCAGUAAGAUGUUCAUCACGUUCUACGCAGACAAGACAGGCCUACUAGUGAACCCAGACCUGUUCAGCCUGCCCCAGGAUUACAACCACCUCAUGGGCUAUGACAAACCGUUCAGCUUCAGUCCUGAGCAGAUUGAUGAAAGCUGAGAGGAACCAUCAGACCAAAUGUUCGCCCUGUUCUUUUCAAACAUCACACAGUAUAUGGCUUUGUAGUGUCACCAGAUCAAGACCAAGUCUGAACUGUGAAAGGAAUUGUGAAAGCAAGGCAAGUUUAUUUGUAUAGCACAAUUGGUACACAAAGUAAUUCAAAGUGCUAAAGGGCCCGUAUUACGCGGUUUCCUCAUCAAAAACAAUCAUGGAAUUCUCUUUUGUUUAAUUCACAUAUGUUUGACUCACAAACCCUACAUAUUUAGGCUGAGUUCUUCUCUCAUACUGAAAAACAUUCUGUUGCUCCUUGUGAUGUCAUGUGGUAACAUAGGAAGUGCACCACACUUUUGUUUUUUUAUCGCUACACACCUUCACUAGAAUCAUUUGGAUAAUUUCAGCCCUGAAAUUGCAAAUCUACUGGAUGAAAGGUGCAAAUCUACUGAACAAUAGCUAUUAACUUGAAAACUACCACUUCAUGACAUCACAAGGUGGAACAGAACAUUUUGAGCUUUGGAGAUGUAACAGACUAAUAAUAAAGUGUUACUCAAACAUGUGUGAAUGAAACAAAACAUUACUCCAGGUCUGUUUUUGAUGAGGGUACAAAAUUAUAACAUGGCUUAAAGCUCAUAAGAGUCUAUUCUGUGUAAGACAGAACCUUUAAAAUAAAGACUAAGAGGUAGAGGACCCUGAGUGGUGCAGAAGAAUCUGCCACAUUAGACAAAAUGGACUGUGUUGACACUUCAUUUUUUGUAAUAAAAUGGCUGAAUAUUC